UUGCCCCGUUUUCAUGGUGAAGCUCGAGUGACAUUGUUGCUGUCCUCUUAAGUUUAUAUUGAUUGUGUGGCCCUUCUUGUCGUUUUUUGAGAUACACUCUCACUGCCCUCCCAAAAGCGCUAGCUUUUGUUAAUCACAGUCUUCUAUUCUACCUCGUAAACUUUUAAUUCUGAUAUGAUAGUCAUGCAAAGUGCAGAGGUUGAUUUCUAAAGUUCCUUUCUUGGUUUGGCGGUUCGAUUUACUUGUUGAAGAAAUUGAUGUUGGAGAGGCUAAAUUGAGGCAGGUUGUUAGUGGCUUGGCCAAAUUUUGCAGUCCAGAUGAGUUGAUGGUAUUGCAAUUACCUCAUUGCCUUACUAAAUUGACUGGUUGAAGAAUUGGGGACCGGUUUAUGGCUGAAGCAAUAACAAAUCUUGCAAUAAAUGUGCUUCCGGGGUUAUCAGAUUAGUUUUAUGUUCAAGGAAGAGGAGAACUUCAAUUAGAUUUUACUUCUCCGCUCGUUUCUACUCCGGUGUUCAUCAAGCGGCCGUUCCUCGCCGUCGCUGACGACGCACAUUAAGGCCGCCCCUCGCUCGCCCGAAAGGGAGUGAGGCAGAGGCCGAGGACCGGGUGACCGCCCUCGACAAGAGCUUCGGGUGAGAGAUCGAGGAGAGGUGAGCUCAGCAAUGGCCGACAGGAAGGAGCUUAGGGUGUACAACUCGAUGACGCAGCAGAAGGAGGUGUUCAGGCCGGCGAUGGAGGGCAAGGUGGGCAUGUAUGUGUGUGGCGUCACGUCCUACGAUUUCAGCCACCUCGGCCACGCCCGCGCCGCCGUCGCCUUCGACGUCCUCUACAGAUAUCUCCUACACUUGGACUAUGAAGUCACCUAUGUACGCAAUUUUACAGAUGUUGAUGACAAGAUUAUUCGUCGGGCAAAUGAGACCGGGGAGAAUCCCUUGGAUUUAAGUAACCGCUUUUGCCAAGAGUAUUUAAUUGACAUGGCCGAUCUGCAGUGCCUCCUCCCUACCCACCAACCACGGGUUUCUGAUCACAUGGAACAGAUUAAGGACAUGAUAACCCAGAUUAUUAAUAAUGAUUGUGCUUAUGUGGUGGAUGGAGAUGUGUUCUUUGCUGUGGAUAAGAUCUCAAAUUAUGGCUGCUUGUCGGGGCAGAAGCUAGAAAAUCACAGAGCAGGUGAACGUGUUGCGGUGGACUCUAGAAAGCGCAAUCCUGCUGAUUUCGCAUUAUGGAAGGCUGCAAAGCCUGGCGAGCCAAGCUGGGAGAGCCCGUGGGGUCUUGGCAGACCAGGGUGGCAUAUAGAAUGCAGUGCAAUGAGUGCUCAUUAUCUGUCUUUUAAAUUUGAUAUCCAUGGUGGUGGAAUUGACUUGAUCUUCCCCCAUCACGAGAAUGAAAUCGCCCAGAGUCAGGCUGCAUGCCAGGAGAGCUGUGUGAGUUAUUGGAUGCAUAAUGGCCAUGUGACCAACAACAAUGAGAAAAUGUCAAAAUCACUGGGUAACUUUUUUACGAUCCGUCAGAUUACAGAGCGCUACCAUCCACUGGCUUUGAGACACUUCUUGAUAAGUGCACACUAUAGAUCUCCUCUCAACUAUUCAGUCUUACAGUUGGAGGGUGCAUCGGAGGCUGUUUAUUAUGUAUAUCAGACAUUACAAGACUGGGAAGAUACUCUGUCGUCAUUCAGAGAGGCAACUCCCAGUGAGGGUACAGAACCAAAAGGCAAAACGGUCCGGGUUCUUCCUGAUGCCGAGAAAUGCAUCAAAGGCUUGCGGAAGGAUUUUCACGACAAAAUGACCGAUGACUUGAACACUUCACAUGUGCUGACAGGUGCUUUUCAGGAUGCCUUGAAGUUCAUAAACAAUAACGCGAACACCCUUAAGAAGAAGCAACAGAAGCAACGGCAAGCAGCAAUAAUUCAAUCCCUUACCGAGAUAGAGAAAGAAGUAAAGGGUGUUCUAGAUAUUCUGGGUUUGCUGCCCCCUUUCACUUAUUCUGAGAUUCUGCAGCAGUUGAAAGGCAAGGCAUUGAUACGGGCUGAUUUGACAGAAGAGCAAAUAUCGCGUCUGAUUGACGAAAGAAUUUUAGCCAGAAGGCAGAAGGAUUUUGCAAAAAGUGAUCGAAUCAGGGCCGACUUAACUGCAAAGGGGAUUGCACUUAUGGAUGUUGGAACGGAAACUAUUUGGAGACCGUGUGUUCCUGUUGAGCAGGAGGAGAUAUUGCCCAGUUGAUGAAAAAUAGCACCAAAUCCAAUUUUUUUCAAAAUUUUGCCCAAACGUUGACUGAUGCUCCAAAAUUCUAUUUAUCUUUCAUAAAGUAAGACCCAAAAAUCAAGCUGACAGAUAGUUGUAACAACAUAUGGGGCAUACAACUACAUUCGAUGUCAGCCCCAUUAGAGGCUGUAUUGCCUGUCAAUUAAUAGGAAACAUUUUUGACA